AUGGACAACGUCAAUGUCGCUGAGUUGGUGGAACGGCUGGGAAGCGAAGAAGAUGCCGCGCGGAAAAUGGCCGUCUUCAAGCUGCAGGGUGUUAUUGGCGACCCGUCGUUCGCUGAACUCUUUAUCACCCAAGGCGGCUUGACUCGUCUGCGCUAUCUCACCUUGCAUGCGAGCGGCAACACCCUCGCCUACAGUCUGACGAGCUUCGCGCGGCUCUUGGAGGUGGACAAAGGCUGGGACUGUGUCGAUCAGGAGCUCGUGCAACGAAUCGUCGAGUUGAUCGUCACCCAUCCUCUAGUCAACAUCCUCCGAGGUGCAAUGUCAAUCCUAGUAUCCGUGGUGUCGCAUCCGCACGCCGGUAACCAAGCAGACCCAGAUGCCUUCGGCUUUCGCGCGCUGAAACCUGCCAUUGCGAUAUAUCCUCAGUUCCUGGAAAUGCUCGUCAGUCGGCUUUCUUCCGCAGAUCAUGCGCUGUGCGCCAAUGCGCUCCAGCUAAUCAAUUCCCUAAUGCGCGAUUCGAUCACCUAUGACUCCGAGGCGGAAUGGCCCAAAUUCAUACAGAGACUCCAGGAUUUGGGUGUGAUCCGGGCGGUCUAUGUUUUGAUGCAAGACUCGGCGCUGCAAGAUCUAGCACAUCCAUUACUCGAAUUCCAGUCGCUCACUAAGGUCCUUCUUCGCAAAUGGCGAGACAUCCCUCUGGAUCAGGAGAAGCCCGAGCAUCGACGAGCCUUAAAGGGUAUCUAUCUUGCCAGCAACCCGACAAAAGGCUCUGAUGAGACAAAUGAGAAUGGCGAUGAGACCCGCCGCUCCAAACGGCACCACGCAGAGAAGUGGCGGAAGCUAGGAUUCGAGUCAGAGUCUCCGGCAUCGGAGUUCUCUGAGGUUGGCUACUUAGGUAUGAUGGACCUGGCAGAUUAUGUCCGCAGCCAUCACGAUGAGUUUCAGAAGAUGCUGCUCGAGCAAUCUACCAAGCCCGCUGGUCAGCGGUGCCCCAUUGCCCGGGCAUCAUUGGCAGUCACUUCUAUCCUCUAUGAACAUUUCGAAGUAGAUAACUCGGAAAUUGAGGAUUCCAAGACCUUUAUGCUGAUGGAAUCCCGGUCGAGUCUGGAUAAGUUGUUCCGGCCAUUGCUCUUACAUUGGACUCGGCUCCAUGUCGCUGGUUUGCAGGUGUUUUUCCGAUUGUGGAAAGCUACCGCCGCUGAAAUUGAGGACCUCGACAAGAUCGUCGAGUUGGUUCGUAUCUUAAUGGAGUCUGUGGUAGGUGGCGCGGGCCGCACCAAGGACGUCCAAGAUAUGCUUGGGGGGAAGCACCUUAACCAAGUGCGAGAAGAACUCCAGCAUGAGGCACUUCAGUUUGUCAAAGAACAACGCAUCCGAUGUCUGCUGCACGGGGCAUGGUUUGCGCUUGACUCUUCAUCCAAAGUGGAUGUGAGGGCCUCGUCCCAUCAGUAUGUUCAACUAUCGCAUAACAGGCGCUAUUUGCAUUUCGGUGAAUUUGACUCUGUCGCGGAAAAGGCGCCAGAGCUUGAUGCGCUGCCAGAGAAGAUUGAUCUUUCUACCGUCUCAUCCGUGGUGUCUAACAUCUCUACCAAUCCUGACGACGCUUCGGCCUCAACUGUGAAGACUGCUCCUCGGCAAGCCUCCACCAAGAUCACCAUCCAUGGGCACGCACCUUCUCCCAACUUGACUCAUACCAAGAACCAGAGUCAUGCUCGGACGGGAAGCCGAUCAACCCAAAAGGAGAUUGUGCUCUUGACGCUUCGGCCUGCCUCACAUAGCGUGGCAUCAGAAUGGCUCGAUGGGCUGUUGAUGCUUCUUAAUCAACAACCGAUCACCACAGAGACCAACAAGCUAAUCGAUCUCGUUAGCAACUAUGGUCUCAAAAUCCGCCUGCUCAAUGUCCGUUUCGAUGAUGCCACUUUUGCCGGGGAAGUGCCCCCAGUACCCGGACGAGAGGGGUUGGAUGAAGACUACUAUUAUGAUGUCUUUGGUGGCGCUUAG